UCUUUUUUCUUGAUGGGUUUGGGUUGUUCUUUGUUGAGGCUUUAAUGAAGAAGUUCUGUCUGCAGUUUUUGCUUUAUUCUGGUCUUUGUGCUUCAUGGCUAGUUCAUAGUUUAGAUGUCUGCUUUUGCUAUGCUCUAUUAUGGCUUAUGCUGUUGCCUGAGCUUGUGAUUUUCAAGUAAAUAUAGGCGAUGGACCUCUAAUUACCUGUUUUGCCUUUGAUUCCUCAGAAAAUAGAAAGAAAGGUUAAACAACACCUGUUUUUUUGUUGUUUUGCUGAUCCUUGAAACCCCAGCUCGACUAGCUCUAAUAAGCCAAAUACGUGUACUACCGUUAAUUGAAUGAAUGUUUUCCCUUGUUUGGUGUAGCAUAGAUAAAGAAUCUAGUUUCCCAGAUUUUCAUUAAUUUUUUUGCCCGACGUCGUUUUCACCUUCAAAUUUGGGGCACUGGAUUCUUUAUAAGCAUUUAUUUCCUUUGUUUUUUUCUCACGACAUGGACAGCUGAAACAGUUUAGGCAUUUAUAGGUGUUUUCCAUCUUCUUUGUUUUAUUUACGUUUUAGAGAUUUUGCACCAUUAAUCGUGGAUUUUUUUGCUGUUUUUCCUGCUUCUAAUGAAGUUGUAAGAGCUUGUGUCUUGAUUUCUUGUUGGGCUCUAAUGCCCAUUUUUAAAUCAACAUCCAGCUAGAUUCUGCGUCUGUCUUUGGAUCUGGUUUGAUAAUUUUUGCCGGCAUAUCAUCUUUGUGCAGAAAAAAAUAGACUGUAGAAUUGAAUGAAAUAUUUUUACUUGGUCUGAUAUUAUAUCAGUAGUUUUGGCAGUUUCUGAGUGCUUGAAAUUAUUGCGCUGUGUGGCUGAUGUCACGUUGUUUUGCUUUCUUUGACCUUGUGCCUUGUGGGGUUACUGCUUGAGUCCCUUUCUGAACCAUUACCAAUUGCCUUAAUAGUAAAAGGAACACUACAGGCUUCAUCUUUCCUUUUCCUCGUUCCCUUAGAAGCAAGAAAAGCAGCUUGUGUUGUGACUUGAACUAUUUUGAGUAUUUGGUUGCAAGUUUUCUAGGCGUGAAAGUUCUCAGAGAAGUAAAAGAAAAGACGGGAAAAGAAUCAUCAUAAAGCAACUUAACAUUUCCCUUCCUUUCAUAGAUGUGGAUUUGGAUUUAGCAUUGUUUCUCCUGUUUCUGUUGAAAGCUUGGGUUCAUCUGUAUCCACUGUGUAGUUGCUUGAUAACCUUCAGAAGUCACUCUCUUAUUGUAACUCUACAUUUCCUAGUGUGCCCCAUAUGUCUGAUACCUAACACUGACUUCCGUUUAAUCUUAAUGCAAACCUGCUCAAUAUGCCUGACUAAGAUGAAACAAGGUGGUGGACAUGCUAUUUUUACUGCAGAGUGCUCACAUUCUUUCCAUUUCCACUGCAUUUCUUCAAAUGUCAAACAUGGCAACCAACUCUGUCCAGUUUGCAGAGCGAAAUGGAAAGAAAUCCCCUUUCAGGCACCAACUUUGGAUCCCCUGCCUGGGAGAGCAUCAGUAGGUUGGCCUCAAACUGAUGCCAUGAUGACUGUGGUCCAUCGAUUACCUCCCCCACCACGUCGAGAUCGGCGGCAUGUUGUGCCAUUGCUGCAGGUUCCCGAACCUAGUGUGUUUAAUGAUGAUGAAUCCUUGGAUCUCCAACCUGCAUUUGCUGAGAGAAGCUCUGGAAACAAAAUUGCAGCAGGCCACAAUGCUGGUAAAAUAGUAGAGAUCAAAACAUACCCAGAAGUGUCAGCUGCAUCACGUUCUAAUUCUUACGAUAACUUCACUGUCUUGGUCCACCUCAAAGCUGGUGCAACAGUUGCAAGAGAAAACCCCAGAGGGAACCUGGCUAGCUUACCUCAGCUAUCUCAAACUCCCCGUGCUCCAGUUGAUCUAGUCACAGUGCUUGACAUCAGUGGUAGCAUGGCAGGUACAAAGCUGGCAUUGCUAAAACGAGCAAUGGGGUUUGUUAUACAGAACCUUGGCUCCAAUGACAGGCUCUCAGUUAUUGCCUUUUCUUCCACUGCCCGCCGCCUCUUUUCCCUUCGUAGAAUGUCUGACGCAGGCCGGCAGCAUGCACUUCAAGCUGUCAACUCUUUGGUUGCGAAUGGUGGGACCAACAUUGCUGAAGGUCUGAGAAAGGGAGCCAAGGUAAUGGAAGAACGAAGGGAAAAGAAUCCUGUGGCAAGUAUUAUACUUCUAUCUGAUGGGCAGGAUACUUAUACUGUCAGUGGUAGCAGUGGUAACCAGCCUCAACCAAAUUACCGGUUGCUCCUCCCUUUGUCGAUUCAUGGCGGUGACAAUGCAGGAUUCCAGAUUCCAGUGCAUGCUUUUGGCUUUGGUGCAGACCAUGAUGCUUCGUCAAUGCAUUCCAUUUCAGAAAUUUCUGGAGGCACCUUCUCUUUCAUUGAGACUGAAGCUGUGAUCCAGGAUGCAUUUGCACAGUGCAUUGGAGGCCUUCUGAGUGUUGUAGUGCAGGAGUUGCAAGUGGGAGUUGAGUGUAUGCACCCUAGUAUCCGCCUUGGCUCAUUGAAAGCAGGAAGUUACCCUAGUCGUGUGAUGGCUGAUACCCGUUCAGGGUUUAUCGAUGUUGGAGAUUUAUAUGCUGAUGAAGAGAGAGAUUUUCUGGUUUCCAUCAAUGUUCCAGCAGAGCCCUCCAUGAAUCAAACAUCACUGCUAAAGGUGAGAUGUGCAUACCGGGAUCCUUUAACUAAAGAAAUGACAACAUUAGAAAGUGCAGAAAUUAAACUCGAAAGACCUGAGAUAUCUGGAGAAGCAGUAGUGUCAAUUGAAGUGGAUAGGCAACGCAACAGGCUCCAAGCAGCUGAAGCCAUGUCACAGGCAAGAACCGUAGCUGAACGGGGAGAUCUAGCUGGUGCAGCUUCUAUCCUUGAAAACUGCCGAAGGUUAUUGUCAGAAACUGUAUCGGCCAAGUCCCAUGAUCGAUUAUGUAUUGCAUUAGAUGCUGAGCUCAAGGAGAUGCAAGAAAGAAUGGCAAGCAGACAUGUAUACGAGGCAUCUGGGAGAGCAUAUAUUCUAUCAGGCCUAAGCUCGCACUCAUGGCAAAGAGCAACUGCGAGAGGAGACUCCACUGAUGGUUCAAGUCUUGUUCAAUCUUACCAAACCCCAUCGAUGACUGAGAUGCUUACUCGAUCUCAGGCUACGUUCCUGGGCAGUCCAUCAGCUCAGAGACUUGUUCAACCGUUAUGGUCAUUUGGAUCACAACCAAAGCCAAGGUGAUUACUUAGGACUAUUGUGGGCAUUAUCUUCAAGUAGUUUUUUUCAGUGCCUUCCCUUUUUGUUUUCAAAUAUUAUUUGGGGUUAAAAGGAUAAAAUUGGAGGUAAGAAGAGAGUUUUUUUUGUACUGUGAUUUUGCUGAUGUCACGUGUAAAUGAAUAAAAACUUGGAAAAGGUGUGGGGGGAUAUAUUUGGGAGGAAAGAGAAAAGGAACACUAGGUAGGUUUUACAACUUUUGCUCUCUUAUUUGUGUUGUUGGGGGUGAUGUACAUAAGGAGCAAUGGUAUUUUCUCUGGGAUAACUGGGUAUAAGUUUGUAAUUGUGGAGAUGGUUGGGGUGAAGUUUUCGCCUAAUAUAGUUUACCUGCUCUCAAUUCUUUUAAGAGAGUUAAUUUCUUUUGCCAA